AUAGCAUGAGCUUUCAAUCAACUCGGUACUCCAGCUGUAGUACAAUGGGUAUAUAUGAACAGAACCACCAGGUUAGUAUGUGGGAUGACUCCUUCAGAGCUGACAGCAGUCAGUAUACUUGUUCAUCAACAGUUCUGGAGGCAGAUGUGAAAAUUGAUAGUGGGUUUGAAAAUAUUACUCAUGAGACUCUGGGAUCAUCAAAGAAAAGCAAUCAGGAAGCUAACAAGCCUGGAGACAAGGUGUUGAGACGUCUUGCUCAAAACCGAGAGGCAGCCCGGAAAAGUCGUCUAAGAAAAAAGGUGUAUAUUCAACAACUAGAAGAAAGUCGUAUGAAGUUGACCCAGCUAGAGCAAGAGCUUGAGCAGGUUAGACAGCAGGAAGCAUACACACAUGGACAUUCGAGUGAUUCUUUUCUUGGGUCAUCAGGAGCUGCCGAUUCAGGUCUUGUAGGAAUUGCUGCUUUUGAGAUGGAAUAUGGACAUUGGGUUGAAGAACAAAAUAGGCAUACUUGUGGGCUCAGAGCUGCUUUGCAUGCACAUGUAUCUGAUCUAGAGCUCCGCAUACUUGUAGAAAGUGGCAUGAGACAUUAUGAUGAACUAUUUCGUAUAAAAGCACUUGCGGCCAAGUCUGACGUCUUCUAUCUUAUGUCUGGCAUGUGGAAGACAUCUGCAGAACGCUUCUUUCUUUGGAUUGGAGGGUUUCGGCCUUCAGAGAUUCUAAAGGUUGUCAGCCCACAGCUUGACCCCUUGACAGAGCAACAACUUGUGGCUGUUUAUAAUCUUCAGCAAUCUUCUCAACAAGCUGAAGAUGCCCUCUCCCAGGGACUGGAUAAACUUCGACAAACUCUUGCUGAGACUAUAAUCUCAGAUCCUCUAGACACUCCUAAUAUGGCAAAUUAUAUGGGACUGAUGACAAACGCAAUGGGGAAGCUGGAGGCCCUGAUAAGCUUUGUAAACCAGGCAGACCACCUUCGGCACCAGACCCUUCAACUUGUGUACCAGAUCCUGACAACCCGCCAAGCAGCUCGGGGCCUGCUCGCCAUCGGUGAUUAUUUCCAACGUCUCCGUGCCUUGAGUUCCCUAUGGGCUGCUCGUCCUCGAGAACUAGCCUGAAAACCUCAAAGCUAUGUGCAUAUCACAUUCUGAGGUUAGUCUGCAAGCAUCCAUCCAGCUGGAGUUGACAGCCUGGCAACAAGGAGGACCUCUUUGUAUCUCCGUUUCUCUCCGCAUACGUGCAUCUUCCAUUUCAAUAUAAAUGCCUGG